UUAUAAUGAGACUGUGGCGGGCAUUCUGACACUCGGGGGAACUGACUUGGUGUCACUGACAUCCCCAGUGACAUCAAUACAGUGAUCAGUGCUACAAAAAAGCACUGACACUGUACUAAUGACACUGGGCAGGAAGGGGUUAAUAUGAGGGGUGAUCAAAGGGUUAACUGUAUGCUGGAAGUGUUUUUACUGGGGCGUGGUGUGUUGGUGCUUCUCUGUAAGCACACUGCUCUGGAUGGCUAUGCUGUGCACAGCCAUCCAGAGCAGUGUGCCCAAGCCGACAGAGAGGAGGACUGUUAUGAUUGACAACCAUGGCCAAGACCCUACCCGGAAAUGCAAAAU